GUCGCGCAAUAGUAUUCUUUAAUAGUAGUGGUAUUCGUAUUAAGUUCUGACAAAAAUUCAAGUGAAAAUAUCGCAUAAAAUGUACAAACGACAUAACUCGGAAUUUCUCGAGUUAGCCUCGGAGAUGUAUUUAAUGAGUGAUACAACUGUACGAAUCUUAAAGAAAUUUUAUCAAGUAGCUUAGUUGUCGCAUUAUUCAGAGAUGUCUGUGCCUUGAGAAACGGACUGACGGACAGACAGACGUCUCUGUCAAGUUUUUGUGAUUCCCAACAAAAUGUUGCUGUUUGUAAAAUUUGGGAACUCUCCGGAGUGUAUUUUAUUUUUUAUAGUGCUAACAUUCUAUCGGGUGCGUGAUUUUUUUUAAGAAAAGAAACGUAUAUAUAAAAACGUGGUAGUGUUGUCAAAGAUCCUGGAAAAUCCUAGGGUCCCGAAAACGAAGUUGGAAUUUUCUUUACUUCUAAAAACUUUUGCCAACCACGCCCUAAAAAGGUCGGAUUAAUGGCAUUAGAAAACAUGGAGUAAUUGUAAAAUCAAGAAAUAAAAUCGGAAUUCUUAAGAAAAAAAAAAAAAAAAAAAAAAAAAAAAAGACAGAAACGUGUAUUGGAGUAACCACUUGCGAGAAAAUUGUAGACAUCUGGCGGUGGCGGGCCGAAUUACCGCCGGUCGCUGGAUCCACACACGUCCGGGGACGUGACAGUGGAGAUGUUUUCGUCGCCGGCGUCAGUGGUAGGCGAGCCGUCAGGCUACGACUUUCAGAAAGAAGAGAACAUCGCGAAGUGGAAGGGAGUAUUUGUCAACUCCCUACGCAAGGUAUUAGAACAAGUACAUCCUAGUCUUGAAGCACGACAAGAUGCCUUAGACUAUGUUGAGAGUUUAAUCUUAAGGCUGUUGGGAAUGCUGUGUGGUCAUCCUCCACCGCAUACACCUCAAGAUGUGGAAGAAAGAGUAAGACGUACAUUUCCCACACCUAUUGACAGAUGGGCACUCAGAGAUGCAAGAGAUGCCUUGGAAAAGGGAAAAAAGAAAUCACCAUUAGUUCUUCCAGUUGACAAAAUUCAUCAAUUAUUACAAAAAGAAGUAUUACAACAAAAAAUUGAUUUACAAGUUAGUCUUUUUGUGGUAGGAGUUUUGGAAUAUAUUUCUGCAGAUAUUUUGAAGUUAGCUGGAAAUUAUGUCAAGAACAUACGUCAUGUGGAGAUAUCUUGUGAAGAUAUAAGGGUUGCAAUGUGUGCUGAUAUGGUAUUAAUGGACUUAUUUUAUCAAGAUGAUUACGCAGAAGGUCCACAAAGUGGUUUAGGUGCAGUUGUUUCUCAAACUUAUGAAGAAUCUGUUCGGGAUCUUAUACAUGAUGAACGUCACUAUUUACGUGAACUUCAUAUGAUAAUUAAGGUAUUUCGGGAAGAAAUUGCAAAAUUAGCACAAGAUAAAUCUGAAAUUGAAAUACUUUUUAGUAAUAUUAUGGAUAUUUAUGAAGUUACUGUAACAUUACUUGGUAGUUUAGAAGAUAUAAUGGAAAUUACAGAAGAAAAACAAACACCUACAGUUGGCUCAUGUUUUGAAGAAUUAGCAGAAGCAGCAGAAUUUGAUGUUUAUAUAAAGUACGCAAAAGAUAUUAAUAGUCCAGCUUGUCGAGAAGUUUUAACGAAUUUAUUAUCGAGACCUGAAGCUAAUGCUGCAUUAAGAGCAGCAGGACAUGGUUUUAAAGAAGCUGUCAAAUAUUAUUUGCCAAAACUUUUAUUACAACCAGUAUGGCAUUGUUUUUUAUAUUUUCAUUAUAUAAAGGUAUUACAGAAACGUACACCAAAUAUAGAAGAUGGUGAAACAUUGGAACAAGUACAAGGUCUUUUAAGUCCACUUCAAAUGGAAUUAUUACAAUCUACGGCGAGUCUUCCAAAAAAAGAUACAGGUUUACGAAUGCAAAGUAGAGCAAGAAGGCAAGCAGCACUAGAAAAAACUAGUGAAUUACAAAAAACUGUCGAUGGUUGGGAUCAAAGAGAUGUUGGACAAUCUUGUAACGAAUUUAUACGUGAGGAUAUGUUGGGAAAGGUAAGUAAUGGAAGAAGAUUAACAGAACGAAGAGCGCUUCUUUUCGAUGGUUUGUUAGUUCUUUGUAAACCAAGUGGUGGUAAAAGGGUUAGCGUUACUGUUGCAGCAGUUGGUGUGGUAGGUCAUCCAGCUCACCAAGGUGAACUGCGCUUAAAAGAAAGAUUUUUUAUUAGAAAAGUGGAUAUUAUUGAUAGAGAGGAUACUGAAGAAUUAAAAAAUGCCUUUGAAAUUGCACCAAGGGACCACCCUAAUGUUAUUCUUGUUGCCAAAUCCGUCGAAGAUAAAAAUAGUUGGAUGGCGGAUCUUGUAAUGUUGAAUACAAAGAGUAUGUUAGAAAGAACUUUGGACAGUAUCCUUUUAGAUGAGGAAAGGAAGCAUCCUUUAAAGUUACCUCCACCACAUUUAUACAAAUUUGCCGAACAGGAUAGCCCAGAAAAUAUUGUUUUAGAAGCGAGAGAAAAUGGAGGUGUACUAUUAAUUAAAGGUGCAACUUUGGUUAAAUUGGUAGAAAGAUUAACUUAUCAUAUAUAUGCUGAUCCAGCUUUUGUACGAACAUUCCUUACUACUUAUAGGAGUUUCUGUUCACCACAGGAACUAUUGACUUUAUUAAUAGAAAGAUUCGAUAUACCGGAUCCAUCAUUAGUUUAUGGUGAGGAAGAAAAAUCUUCUGGUUGUAAAACAACUGUUAGAGAAGAUUGGAAAAGAUAUAGAAAAGAAUUUUGUCAACCUGUUCAAUUCAGAGUUUUAAAUGUUUUAAGACAUUGGGUUGAUCAUCAUUUUUAUGAUUUCGAACGCGAUAGAAAUCUUUUAGAAAGAUUACAAUCGUUUCUAGAUACAGUAAGUGGAAAAUCUAUGAGAAAAUGGGUAGAUUCAGUAAUAAAAAUUGUGCAAAGAAAAUGUGAACCUUCAGAGCAACGACCUAUUACAUUUAGCUUUGAACGAUCUCCACCACCUAUUGAGUGGCAUCUAAAAGUUCCUGAAGAAGAAUGGGGAAUAUUAACGUUACAUCCAAUUGAAUUAGCAAGACAAUUAACUUUAUUAGAGUUUGAGUUGUAUAGAACUGUAAAACCUUCAGAAUUAGUUGGAUCAGUAUGGACUAAGAAAGAUAAAGAGAAAACAUCACCUAAUUUACUAAAAAUGAUAAAACAUACAACAAAUUUUACACGGUGGCUGGAAAAAACAAUAGUAGAAACUGAAAAUUUAGAAGAGAGAGUCGCAAUUGUAUCGCGAGCAAUUGAAAUUAUGAUGGUGCUUCAAGAUCUUAAUAAUUUUAAUGGUGUAUUAGCAAUUGUUAGCGCAAUGGGAUCUGCAUCCGUUUUUAGGUUAAAAUUUACAUUUCAACAAAUACCAGCACGAUUGGAAAAAGCUCUCGAAGAAGCUCGAGAACUAAAUAAUGGUCAUUUUCGAAAAUAUCAAGAAAAAUUACGAUCUAUUAAUCCACCUUGUGUACCAUUUUUUGGCAUGUACCUGACCAAUAUUUUACACAUUGAAGAAGGUAAUCCGGAUUAUCUACGAGGAAGUCCAGAACUUAUAAACUUUAGUAAACGGCGAAAAGUGGCAGAAAUAACUGGAGAGAUUCAGCAGUAUCAAAAUCAACCGUAUUGUCUUUUAGUGGAGCCUAGAAUAAGACAUUUCAUUGAAAAUUUGUCACCUUUUGAUCCUAAUAUGAAAGAAGCCGAUAUAAGCAAUUAUUUGUAUAAUAAAAGUUUAGAAGUAGAACCCAGAGGUUGUAGACAACCUCCUAGAGUUUCUCGUAAAUGGCCGGAUUUAAACUUAAAAUCACCAGGCAUUAAAGCUAGAAGUUUAAGCGGUAAAUUACCAGCUCCAUUGCAAGCUGUAGCUUCAAGUGUUAGAUUACACGAUCCUCCUCCGGAAGCUCCACCACCAGAAUUACCAGAAACUCCUCCACACACUUCACAUAUUAUAGUUUCUCAUGUAGGGGACCACACUGUUUUUGCACCUGUAUUACUAGGAGGUACAGCUCAACCUCCAGGUUCACCAGGUCCUCUCAGUAUGUCGGGACUUUCGAUCAGCUCACCAGGUAGCAGUCCACAGUUAGGAUCACCUGGUCAUUUGCCAGUUCCGCAUCAUCAACCACAGAAUCAUUUUGGCUUUAAUUCUGGUACAAUAGGUGUAAUGGGAGCUUUAACUGGUAUGCCAUCAUCAAGUGGAAGUCCUAGUGCUGCUAUGCCACCUCCUCCUUCUCCUAGCCACAUACCUGCUAUUCAACCUCCGCCUCCUUUGCCACCAAGAUCUCAUAGGAAACGAGAAAGUUCUAUUAGUGAGUCACCACAACAGGCGAGACAAGCUCCAAAUGCACCAAUACUUCCUCCACGAGAUGGUACGUCUCCACCACCAUUACCGCCACGAAAAGAUUUACCUUCCGUGAUGUUACCACCUCGCCUUCCUACAACGUUAAAUCCAAGUUGUUCAGCGCUACUCGCUAGGCGGAAUUCGACGUUAGAAAACACGUGUUCGAGUACUGUUCAUCCACGAAGACAUAUGUCUUUCAAUGGACCCAGUCCUACAAAACUUCCACCUACGCAACCUAAUGGAUCGGUAACACCAAGAUUACCGCCAAAACCAUUGCCGGGACGUCCACCAACUACCAUGUUUAAUUUCAAUGCUCCUCCUGGAUCUAAUUUUAAAAAGGAAGCAGAAGACGCAAGAAAGUGCAGUAUGGAAUGAAUUAUAUGCCAAUAUGCAUAUAAAAUUAUACAUAUAAAUCGUGAAUCAAUAGCAAAAAAAAAAGUAAAUAUGUACAUGUAUAUUAUUAUAAAUAUAUUCUAUAGUAAUUAUUGUAAUAAUGUCAAGCAUAAAAUGGAGAAUGAAAUAUUGAAAUUAUGUACAAUAAAGAGUAUAUUGUGUAAA